AUGUGGCUAUCCUCGGUAGUGCUAUGGGUGGCAAUGACAAGUAUCCAAUGUCAGGUAUCAAGUACGUUGAGGUAUCAAGAAGGGCUACUAGAUCCUUCAAAUCCGGCUGACCCCUCGCUUACUAACUACUACAUGAAUGGCCAGACUUAUAGGCCUAAAUCUGGGUCCCCAAAUCUUCCAUUCGAUUCCAAUGUCACUCGAGAUUCCCCGACCUUGAUCACUCCAACAGUUGGUACUCCCACCUUAACUGUGAUCAGUCCAACUCCGAUGAUAAGUCCUAUCUCAUCGAUCCCUCCAUCGCCUCAGAUGGCAGCUCAAGAUACUACGACAUCAGUGGUAAGACAGGAGCAAAAACCCCGAAACGCUUCAAUAGGUAGCCUAGGUCGUUUUCUGAGUUUGUAAUCAUAGCCUUUUAGCAUCGGGGUAUCAACAGAAUCCCGCAAACCCAGGAUUCAUCGGACCGAGUGAGUUUCCGGAGAUCUAACGUCAUGCUUUUGUUACAGUAGUCCCUCAGCCCAUAUACGCUCCUCCCGAGCCAAUUCCACUAAUCGUCGACGCUGACUGGGUCAAUGACGCAUUGCUGGUAAGAACCGAAGCCAUUGUAAUGUUAUUGUGUAAUAAAACUAAUCAGAAAAUACUGUAAUAUAAUUAAAUUAUGUUUCUUAGACACGGAAGCCGAUAAAAUUGAUAGACGCAACCAUGUCUUCACGACAUCCCCCGAUGGACUACAAAGUGUUCCGUGACCAGUAUUACGGGAAAUGGGAUCGACUCUUCGCCGAGAAUGUAUGUCACCGAAACGCGUGUAGUUUAGGCCCCAGGCCAACACCGAAUUCCAGCGUGUCCACAUUCCCUCGGCCGUUCACUUCAACAUGGAUAUAGCCACCUAUCCCGCUUGGAAUGAUCCCUCGGCUUUGUAUCCGCCGGAGCUUUUUCAGGAAUAUGUUCAGAGAUUAGGAAUAAACCAAGGAGAUCACUUGGUCAUCUACUCCCGAGGAACCCUGGGAGGUGCUCUCGAGACGAGGGUGUGGAAUCUAUUCAGGGUAAGCGAACCGACCAAAGAGCAUGGGAAGCCCACAAUUGUUUCAGAUUUACGGUCAUUCACGGUCUAGCAUUCUGGAUGGGGGAUUAGCUCGAUGGAUGGCCGGUAAUUACUCUUUAUCCGACUUGGAUGGGCAUAUUGAAUCAGGAAAUUGGACUGCUGCCUUCGAUCCUGGACUAGUCAUCGGAUUCGACGAACUCUCUAGUGUGGAGGGGAAUGGCUACUGUCUUUUGAACAAAUUAUAUUGGGUGAGAACAAUUCUGAGGGUACAAUUACUCUCUUCAGUACAACUUUUUGGAUGCCAGACCAAAACCUGAAUUUAUUGGACUGGACCAGCCCCGACCAACUCCCGAUACGAUUGCUCAGAAUCCUCCUCCAGUUGGACUGGCUCGAGUUGUUGGCCCCCAUCUUCCAGGAGCCAAAUCUUUGCCUGCCGAAGAUUUGGUCAGACCUGAUGGAAAGAUCUACUCUCCACCAGAGUUGGCAUUGCGUAAGAGCAAAAGAUUCUGGAUUACCAAACAUUUACAGGGCUGGGACAAGCUGGUUACAUGGCAGGCAGAGAAUCGAUUGCAGCAGGCAACAACCCUGAAGAGGCUUCGAUGGUCGUGCUGGCUCUGGCCAUGACCUAUGACCCCAGAGUCCGACUCUACAAUGUAAUUGUGUUUAAUUAGACAUCCUGACUCACCCGUCCAAUUAAUCUUUCUUGUCCCUUUUCAGGCCGGCAUUCCCGAACUGAAACUCCGUUCGCCCCAUCUCAUAAACUAA